AUGGCGUUGCAAAUUGUUCUCGACUACCUUCUCGCUUUCCCGAAUAAUUUGGUCGUUCUCCUCAGCUUGGCCAUUUUAUAUUGGGUUGGCUACUCCAUAUACUCCGUCUUUUUCCAUCAUUACUCCGACAUCCCAGGUCCGUUCUGGGCAAAGGUGUCGAGAUUAUGGCUGGCCAAGCAGGUCCUGUCUGGAACGGUUGACCAGACCCAACGAGAGUUGCAUGAGAAAUACGGCUCAAUCGUUCGAAUCGCUCCCAACGAGGUCAGCAUCUCGGACCCCGACGCCAUCAAGACCAUCUACGCCGUCAAGAAUGCCUUUUCCAAGACCGACUUUUACACGCCAUUCGCACCCCACCUCUCGCCAAACGAGGAUCUCUUCACUCAAAGGGAUGAAAAACACCAUUCAUACAGACGCCGCUUCGUGAACAACAUCUACUCCCUCAAGAGUGUCCUCGAGUCGGAACCAUUCAUCGACCAGGUCACCGCCGUCUUCAGGACGCGACUAGAUGAGUUUGCCGUGUCCGGACAGAUUAUCGACAUUGGUCUAUGGCUUCAGAUGUAUGCAUUUGACGUCGUCGGAGAGCUCUUCUACGGGAAGCAGUUUGGCUUCCUCAAGAACAGUCACGAUUACGAGAACUACAUCGACUCAUUGGACGCGCUGCUUCCGGCCUUGUCGACCAUCUGUGUGCUUCCCGCGUACGUCCGGCCUCUACAGGUCUUUGGUUCUCUCGUACCGCAGAUCAGAAAGGGAAAGAGAUGCUAUGACAAAAUUGUUCUCGCUGCAAAGCAAGUUGUGAAGGAGCGACAGCAGCUCAUGAUGACUGACAAGGUCCAAAGGACUGACAUUCUCGACAAACUGUUCCAACUAUCCGCUGACAAAGAGGACUUCUCCAUCCCCGAUAUUGAGACCGAAGCUUGGGUUUCCAUCUUUGCAGGCUCCGACACGACCUCGAUUGCGACACGAUCUAUCCUCUAUCACUUGCUGAUGACCCCCGACGUACUUGCAAAGCUCAUCAACGAAGUUGACAAUGCUGUUGCAGACGGUACUCUCAGCGAUCCCAUCAAGCAUUCCGAGGCCGUCAAGCUCCCCUACCUGUCAGCUUGCUGCAAGGAGGGCUUCAGGGUUCAUCCAAGUGUCGGAAUGUCCAUGCCUCGACAUGUUUCUGAGCCUGGAGCUACCAUCUGUGGCCGAUACUUUGCGCCAGGGUAUCGCGUAGGCAUGAGUGCUGCGGUUGUUCAUUGGGACAAGAGCAUCUUUGGCCAAGAUGCUGACGUGUAUAACCCGGAUCGAUGGCUGCGACCUGAAGGAAAGGACAUGGAGCGCCAUCUUUUGCACUUUGGAGCCGGCACUCGAACAUGCAUUGGUAAAAAUAUUGCUCUGGCGGAGAUUUACAAGUUAAUCCCGGAUUUGGUUCGUCGCUACCGAUUUGAGUUGAUCGAACCUGAGAAGGUCGAAAAACACAGCUUUUGGUUCUUCAAGCAGACAGGAUUUAAUAUCAGGGUACAUCGACGAGAGGGCGUGAAGGAGAACCUCAUAGUUCAGUAG